UCGCAGUCGGUGCGGAAGGCGCUGGGCAUCACGCGGCACAUCCUGGGCACGCUGGCGGGCGGCGCGGCCGACUGCAGCUUCUGGCAGCGGCUGGUGGCCCGGCAGAGCCGCGUGCAGGAGCUGCGGAACAAGGAGCCCGUGUCGGUGGCCGCCGCCUCCAAGCUGCUAGCCAACCUGGUGUACCAGUACAAGGGCACGGGGCUGAGCCUGGGGACCAUGGUGUGCGGCUGGGACAAGCGCGGGCCAG